AUGUCUGGCCGUAAGAGAAAGCAACAAGAGGACGGCGUCGAGGACGAGGAAGAGGAGGAGCUUGUUUCCCUCCCCGAGGAUGAUGAUGGCGAGGAGGAAGAAGAGUAUGUUUCUUCUGGCGAAGAGGACGAAGGCGAAGAGGAGGACGAGGAGGACGACGGUGAGGCUGGCGAUGCCGACGCUGGUGACGAUGACGGCGACAAAGACGAGGAUGCCCCUCCCGUAAAGAAGCGCAAGACCGAGUCCGCCAAGGAUGAUGCCACCAAGACCAAGGGUGACGUUGAGGACGAUGAAGAAGAAGAGGAGGAGGAAGACUACGAGGAAGACGAAGAAGACGCUGGAGACGAUGGCGAGGAGGACGAUGAAGAAUAA